AUGUCCACUACUCCAACAACCUUGCAUGGGACUUCCACUCCCCACAAUCACCAAAGAGGUCAUCGACUCCGCAAUUUCAUGCUCCCCAACGGCCGAAAAGUACACAUAGCGCCCUCCCCAGAAGAAGCCGAAACUCUUCGCCGUCGCCUCAGCAUCACAGAAAAAGAUCAACCCUUUGAUCUCGUGAUCAAUGGUUCCCCCGAACAUCUCGAUGCACUUCGAACCGCGCGCACUCACCAUGAAAAUAAACAACAAGCGCUCAAAGAGAAACAUGGUGACGCGUAUGAUGAAAUCGAAAAUGUGAAGACGGAAUUGGAUGCGCUGGUCUCGGAACUUUAUAUGUUGACGGAUCAUUCGGUGGCGCUGGAUGCAAAUUUCUCAAAGUAUGGGUAUAGUGCUCAUUUGAGAACUUAUGAUGAUGCAUCGGGUCUUUCCAGUUCGGCGAGUUCGUUGUAUCAUGGGCCUGAUGGUCAUGAGAAGAAGGAUUGGGCGGCGGAAAAGAGGAAGGGAAGGAUUAUGAAAUUAUAUAAAAAGCCAACGGUUCGACAGUAUUUUCACCGAGGUCUACUCUGGAGAGCAUCAGGGACUACUGAAGUAGCCUCAUUUGAACUCUUUGUAGACCUAUUGUAUGUCGGCAUUCUUGCUAUAAAUGGAGAUCAUGCCUCGGAAGAUCCUACUGGAUAUGAACUUCUGAGAUUCGUUAUAACAUUUAUCAUGAGUUGGAAGAUCUGGAGUGAUCUGGCUCUUAUAAUCUCUUGGUUUGAAACCGAUGACAUAGCUCAAAGAAUUUCCAUAUUGUUUAUCAUGGCUUGCUUACUUGGUCUCACGACAAACAUGUUAGAAGCCUUCGAAAAUACCUACGCAAUGCUAAUAGCAUUCUACCUAACCGCUCGUCUCUUCAUGGGUUCAUAUUUUAUAUUUCUAGCCUGGUGCAUUCCCAUGGUACGAGCUAUGCUCAUAGCACAAGCCACCAUCAUCUUAAUCCCCAGCAUCCUCUGGAUCGGAAGUAUCUACAUCGAUUUACCCCAACGAUUCGCCAUCAUUGCAAUUGCCAUCUUGAUUGAUUUGACCGGCACAGUAGGUGUAUUAUUCCUCGUCCGAGGCACCAAAAAUAUCUCAGCUCGACUUGGCGCAUGGGCCGAUCGAGUCUUUGAAUUCUACCCUGCUACAAAUAUUGAGCAUAAAACCGAAAGAACAAACGCAUUUGUGACAUUAGUUUUUGGUUAUUCAGUCGUCGCUAUCAUUUAUCAAAGCGCGGCUUCUUUUGGACUAAAUGCAUUUUUUGGAAAAGCAGUUCUGGGUCUUAUUCAGGCAUUUGCUUUUAAUUGGAUAUAUUUCGAUUUAGAUGGUGCGGAUUUAUUUGCCCAUGCCAUUCGACGCGAUGUCACAGCUUCACUUAUUUGGGGUCUAGCACAUCUACCUUUUAUCAUGAGUUAUGUACUAGGUGGCGCGGCACUCUCAAGACUUGUCGUUGUAAGAGACUGUGCGGAUACCUCUUUGGAAAGUCUAACGGAAGCAUAUCAAGCAAAAUCUGAACCCGAGAUUUCAUAUGGACUUCGCUGGUUCUAUUGUGCUGGUUUCGGCAUUGCUUUAUUCUGUAUGGGCAUAAUCUCCGCCUGCCACAUCCACAAAAAAGACCACCACGGCAUCCGGCUCGCCAAACGCUACCGCAUGCUCAAUCGCCUCUUCAUCUGCAUCAUUAUUAUUCUCCUCCCUCUCGCCCAUUCCCUCAAUUCCCUGCAAUUAAUCUCCAUCGUAACGGGGUUAGUGGUUUGGGUAUUAGUGUUAGAAUUGUGGGGCAUGAGUUGUCCGGAUGAAACGUUCUUUGGGGGCGAGAAAAAUUGUGCGUAUACGGCGAAAUGUAGAGUGUCGAGGGGGGAUUCGGAGGAUAGGGGGGGCUUGCUGAGUAUGAGGGAGUUGGGAGCUGGGGAGGUCGGGGUUUAUGAGGGGAGUUAG